AUGAAGGCGACCAAGCGCUACAGCUCCUUGGCCGUCGAGUCUGAGGACUCUGAUCUGGGCUCACUCGCAAGCCUAGACCUGGGCGCACUGUCUCCCACUCAACCCACUGAAUCUCGUUUCCAGCAUGCACAGCACGAUCUCUGCCCUGGCUCGGGGUCGAGCGCGACCCUGCGACAGGCGAGCGAGCCUCGCUCUAGUCUGGCAACGCUCAAGAUACCUUCACAGAGCAGCAUAGACCUUCUCCGCACACAGAAUCGUAGACCGGGGGGUCACAUCCGGCGACGAUCAUCCAUUGACUCGGCAUUGUCACCCUCCUUGCGUCGCGCACCAAGUACAUCCUCGCUUCGCGUAGAUCAGGACUACCUCGCCCGCAAAAUCCCCUUGCCUGCCCAGGUCCUGUCAGAUAUCGACCUAGCGCGGCUGAGACGCUGGGUCGUCGCCUUCAUGACCGUCCAGUUUGAUAUAGACAACGGGCCGCUGCUUGACAACAUUUGGCCGCCGUACGCCUUGACAUCGGAGGAGCGCAUGACUGUCGCAUUCGCGUCCUUUCCAGACUCUUCCAGUCAGCGAUUGCAGCUCGGCGCACAGACAUUUGUCUGGCGGCUGCCCGGCAAUGACGGCAAAUCCAUUUGGGGCGCGGUUUUUUUCGAUCGCGCAAGAGCAGCCGACGCGAAAAGAGGUUUUCAUCAGAGAUCGCUUGUUAUCGGGACGAGUGUCGAUGCUCCCGGACUAUUCAGCUAUCUGGUGACCGCACUGGGUCAGCGCUUUCUUGGCCGUUCCGAAGGCGCCGCAGCAAUAGCCCACGCAGCACAAAAUAUCAUCAAUUGGCCUUCGCCUUCGCAACUUGGCGGCUGGGCUAACGUUCCUUUCCUUGGCAAGAACCUCAAUGUCCUCAAUACUGCUAUUGCUGAAGCCCAGCAAAAGCCUCCCUUGCAGCACCAUGUGAUCGCCAAUGUGCCCCUCAGACCUCUUUCACAGGUGUUCGCGGGCCACAUCAGCGAACUCUGGACUAUAUGGGAGCUACUCAUCCUCGGCGAGCCUAUCCUCGUUUACGCUGCCGGCGACGCAGCACGCGCGAGCGACACAGUCAUGUGGCUUCGGAGCCUCGUCAGGCCGCUGCCUUUCGACGGUGAGCUGCGACCGUAUCUGACUCUGCAAGACCACGACUUUGCCAAAGUGUGCAUCAAAACAAAACCGAGGCCCGGACUACUGGUCGGAACAAGCAAUGGCAUCAUUCGCAAGGCGUGUCAGCAUUGGCCACACGUGAUCACUUUCGCCGCAGAUGGCCAUGGACGCGUCCUGUCGUCCACGCAUCGGCGCUGUACUCGACGCGAUGAUGCGGUGCUGCAAGCUGCUGAGCAGGCAGCAGCCGCAGGGAAUUUCAUUGCCGCAGACGAUGCUCUGUGCUGCCAUUUUCGCGCGCUGACGGAGCGUUUUUUGGCGCCUCUAUCUCACUACGUGUCUGAUCUGCGACGAUCGCCUGCUCAGAGGUCAAUGGCUUUCCACGAGACGGAUUUCCUGAAAGCAUUGAGAUCCCAAGGCUCGCCUCUGGUGUUUCGCAUGCGUUCUUUCGACGGUGAGCAGAAGAAGCGAUCCGUAGCGUGGAAGCCGCGCUGGCUCCGCCGCCCGACUCAGCUCGUCGCGCUCACCCUCUUCGCCUGCAUUGCACUAUCAACCGUCUUGGCAUUGCCAAGUCAGCACGUACAAGCCAGAGCGACGGAGCAGCUACUACGUGUCGUGGAAAGUCUGAAGACGCACGCAAGCCUCUAUCCGGCUGACGUCCUCAGUCAUGCUAGUGCUCGUAAAUCGGACUGGCCCGAUUGGUAUCGCCAAGCAGGUCACCUGUCGAAAUAUCUGCUAAGACGUGAGGUACCCCUGGACCGGACCCUGUUCGUCAUCAUUGCGGACCACACCUACGUGCCUGCCAUUCGCAACUUUGAUCAGGUACUCAGGCAGCAUGGCCACAGUGACGCUGUCGUGACAUUGUGCCUUUCGAUCGACUGUAUCGAUAGACUAGAAGAGCAUAGUCUUAUCGGUUACCAUGGCUAUCUCAAUCAAUCAGUCGCCGAUAUCAAGCUGCAUUCCAACAUAGACCUGGCUAAAACGGGCUACAAUUUUGUGUUUGCCGACGGAGAUGUCUACUUGAACCCUGCAUUUGAUCCCUUGCACGGCAUGCUACCACUCAGCGAUCAAAGUUGGGACAUACAGAUGAGCUGGGAACGCAACCGCAAUCAAACGAAUAUCGGCUGGUACUUCAUCCGCUCUUCAGAUUAUUCCAUCGGUUAUCUCGAGCGCUGUCUGGAAACGAUGACACGUAAGCCAGGCUGGGACCAAGCCAUCUACGACAACGAGUAUAAACGUCUGCGCAAGGAAGCCGAGUACAAGGGCGAGCUUGACACGCUGCGUAUCAAGAUCUUAUCUUGCGAGAACAACAUGAGCUGGAUGCGCGAACCCUGGCAAGCUACAUACGGCAAUGCUACUGCAAUGGCUGCACAUGUGGCGCAAGCCACUACAAUUCACUUCACGUGCAUAGAGAAGAAUGUCAAAUUGCUCUUUGCCCAUCUUUGGGGAUUAUGGCAAGAUCUGGAUGGCUACUACAGUCGGCCACGGCCGUUGCUACGCUUGCCUCACCUCAAUGGGACCGUCGAUGAGCUCAGACAGCAAUGGACAUUCGCACGCCGGCUCGGCACUGAGACCGGCCGACAAGUCAUCUUUCCGGAAUACGUCACUCUCUUUCUAGAUACUCGGGCGGAGGAGCGGCCGGGCUUCCGCGUGUUCUAUAUCGAUGGCGACGAACUGCUUCAUUCCAUCGUGUCUAGCAGUUUCACCGAGAUACGAGAGGCACGCGGUUUGUCUGCUCUCUCGGAGCAGGACGUGAAACCAGACACAAGUCUUGCUGCGCUCAAGGACGCUAUCAGCCGAUUCAGCUCGGAGACUAUCGCCGUGCUGCCUGACUUUUCGGUCGCCGCCAGAAUUUAUGCGGAGAGCAGUCGUCCGCAGAUGCUACCCAUGUGCGAAUUUAUCGAUUGGCCUCGCGAAGGCUGUUUGCGAGUCUGCGGCAAUCCGGCUUAG